AAAUAAUUGCAUGCUAUAAGCUUUAAGAAUUGCUGUAAAUCCUUUCAAGUGGAUUUUAAUUUACUUUUGAGAACAAGUUGAACGAAGUUGAACAAAGAUUCCAUUAUGUGUUAGCCCUCUUCUCUUUAUCUAAAGGUUCUGUCAAUCUUGGAAAAACAAAGUAAAAAUGAAAGCACUUAGUUCUUCUGUGAGCGUGGCUGCGAAAAGUUUAGGAACCAGACUACUGGACAUUUUGAAGAAAACAACUGUAGAGCCGUAUAUGUUCUUAGUAAUGUUCUCUUUCAAUGCUCGCCUUGUGACACUCCAGAGCCUUUUACAUGACAGAGCUUGCAGAGUAUCCCUGAAUUUCUCCAAUGAAAUAUGCGAUGAUCUGGAACACGAAGAAAACGACCGAGAACAACUUGAAGCCUUGUCUUACGGCAAUAAUUUAUAUACUGCUUUACUUAUGGUAGCUACUCUACCUUCUUUAGUGAUGGCAACAUUUUUAGGACCAUGGAGUGACAAAUAUAGUAGAAAGUACCCACUCAUCAUGGCAACAGCAGGACUAGUAAUUGAUAGUUCCCUACAAGCAGUCAUUACUUACUUUCCAAGAGCUUCACCAUACUGGUUUUUGGCAAGUUCUACUAUAUCUGGUUUUACUGGCAGUCUCAUCAUAAUCAUGUCAUCAACAUACAGCUAUAUGUCUGACGUUAGUAAUGAGAGAUCCAGACAGAGCCGAUUCGCUAUUCUAGAAUUCUUUGCUAUAAUGGCUGGACCUUUAGGAUCACUUACAGGCGGCCAGGUUUUUAAAAAGGGUGGCUACCUACCUGUCAUGAUCAUAUCUCCAUGCAGUUUACUUUUAGCUUUAUUGUGGAUAAUCUUCUGUGUGAAGGAGACAAAGGAAAGGAAAAACGAUGUUACUUUGAAAGAAAUGUUUAGAGACCUUUUUCGGUUAGAUAAUAUGAAAGACAGUUUCAAAACGUGCAUGAAAAAAAGGUCUGGUAAUUUAAGGUUACAAAUAUGGUUACUUCUUUUCACUGGAUUUUCUAAUCGUCUUAUUGACAUGGGCUCAUUAGCUAUAGGUUUUUCUCACACCAGAAAAGUAUUUAAAUGGACUGUGACACAGUAUUCCAAUCUGACAACCAUUAUGAUUCUUUUGAAAGCAGCAGCGACAUUACUGGUGGUACCCUAUUUAAACCAGAAGUUGCUAGUACAUGAAGCAGCCAUUGGCCUUAUAGGAGUUCUCUCACUCAUAACUAAAAUGACUCUUAUGUCUGUGACAGUGAGCGAAUGGCUCGUUUAUUAUGCAUGGUUUGGUGGAAUGUUAAUUGCUUGUGGAAGUAUCGCUAUUCGAUCGAGGAUAUCGAAAUUAGUCAAUCGAAUGGAAUUGGGACGUGUAUUUUCUCUCUUGGCAACGUGCGAGGCAUUGACUCCUGUCCUUGGUACUACUUGCAUGUUACAACUCUACAACUGGUCGGCGUCAUUCUAUCCAGGCUUGCCAUAUGUAGCUGCUGCUAUAUUUCUUAUACCUUCUGCUGUCAUUUUUGCCUGGAUGAUGCGUUUACCAACAAUGUCUUUUACUCAGUACGAAGAAAAUGAAGCUACAAGAAUGAUGGAAAUGGAAGAUAGACGUGCUAAAACAUAGAACUUACAACUGAAAAGACAAAUGAGCAGUAUUCUUAUGCGGAUUUUUAUUAAGAAUAUUAAUUGUUUAAAUAUUUAAAUAUGAAUAUUAGGCAUUUUCGACUUUAUAAAAAGCAAAGAUAGUUAGUCCUUCAGCAAGAACUUUACGCCUAUAUUUUUAUGUAAGUAGAUAAAAAAUGGGGGUUCUGCGACACGCGGUGUGCGGUAUGGGCGUGGUCAAUGACGUCACACAGAAGGCGGGGCCAAAGGCAACGUCAUCAACACUAGGAGGCGU